AUGCCUCGUCCAUCAGCAUUGGCUCAUGCCCAAGUUGUUGAAACUCUCGGUGAUACAGCAACUUCGUCGAAUCCCUACAUUAGUCUUCAUACACAGGCUCUCAUCGAUUGGUCACUCGGCUAUCGUUCGCGCGCCACUGACACAUGGGAAACUAUCCUUCUAAGUUAUCCUUUUGAUAUCAUGACCUUGAAAUUUGCACUCGAUGCCUAUUUUCAUCUUGGCAACCAAAAUAUGCUUCGAGAUUCAGUUGCACGAGUACUACCAAUUUGGGAGUCAUCAUCACCACAUCGUCCACUCAAAUCGCAUUUAUAUGGAAUGUAUGCAUUUGGUUUAGGCGAAACAAAUAUGGUACUACAAGCAGAAAAACAAGCUCGAGUUGGACUGGAACUCAAUGAACAUGAUGCAUGGGCUACACAUGCACUUGCACAUGCUACCGAGUACAUGGGUCAAAUAUCGCAAGGAAUCGAUUUUUUGGAGAAAACUGACAAUAAUUGGCAUCAAUGUGAUAUAAUCGCACCACAUAUCGAUUGGCAUUGGGCGAUAUAUGAAUUGGAACAAGGCAAUUGGGAGAAAGCGAAAGAAAUUCUUCAGCAUUGCUUUUUGAACAACAAUGGAACAGAAUUGAAUCGAUUAAAAUACACAGAUGCUGCUUCGUUGAUCUAUCGUCUCAAACUAGCUGGGCAUCCAUGUCCAUCACAAUCCAAUUCUCAAUUGAAACAGUUUCUUGAUGUUCAUUUGCAUGAUCAUCAAACACUUUUCCAUGAUUUUCAUCAUUACUUCGUCUUGGAUAAUUUUGCCGAUACCGCAAUGAAAAAAGACUUUCUUCAUUCACUCAAAGAAACAGUCGAAUCGUCUGAUACGGAUACCGGAAAAUCCUAUCGUGAAAUCGGUCCGUGUAUCUUUGCCGCACUUGAACGUUUCGACGAAGGAGACUAUGCUCAAGUAGUGGAACUUCUGUAUCCCAUUCGAAACCGAACUGCUAUUGCUGGCGGAUCGAAUGCACAACGAGAUAUUUUCACUUUGUUACUGAUCCAUUCGGCGGUAUAUUCGAAUAACAAUCAACAUCAACAAUUAGCCAAACGGUUGAUCAAUGAACGGUGUGGAAUGCGUGGAUCAACGAAAUCAAGAAUGAUGGAAAACUAUGCAAAUAAAUUGCUGACGAACUGA